CACUUGCACGACAGCAUGGCAUCCACCACCGUGGCGACGCUGGUCGCCAGCACGAUCGCCGCCACCGCCGCGGCUGCGGGCUCGGAUAAGAACUAUCUCUGGAUGCUCAUCCUGGGGUUCGUGAUUGCGUUCGUCUUGGCCUUCUCGGUGGGGGCCAAUGAUGUGGCGAAUUCGUUCGGGACCGCCGUGGGCUCCGGGGUCGUGACCCUGAAGCAAGCCUGCAUCCUCGCCAGCAUCUUCGAGACGGUGGGCUCGGUCCUGCUGGGGGCCAAGGUGAGCGAGACCAUCAGGAAGGGCCUGAUCGACGUGGAGAUGUACAACGAGACCCACGGGCUGCUGAUGGCGGGCUCCGUCAGUGCCAUGUUUGGUUCUGCUGUGUGGCAGCUGGUGGCUUCCUUCUUGAAGCUUCCCAUCUCCGGAACCCAUUGUAUUGUUGGCGCCACCAUUGGUUUCUCCCUUGUGGCCCAGGGAUCGAAGGGGGUCAAGUGGACUGAACUUGUGAAAAUCGUGAUGUCUUGGUUUGUCUCCCCGCUGCUUUCUGGUAUCAUGUCUGGAAUUUUAUUCUUCCUUGUUCGUGCAUUCAUUCUCCGCAAGGCAGAUCCCGUUCCUAAUGGUUUGCGAGCUUUGCCAGUUUUCUAUGCCUGCACAAUUGGAAUUAACCUCUUUUCCAUCAUGUAUACUGGAGCACCAUUGCUGGGCUUUGACAAACUCCCUCUGUGGGGUACCAUCCUCAUCUCGGUGGGAUGUGCCGUUUUCUGUGCCCUUAUCGUCUGGUUCUUUGUAUGUCCCAGGAUGAAGAGAAAAAUUGAACGAGAAAUAAAGUCUAGUCCCUCUGAAAGCCCAUUAAUGGAAAAAAAGAACAAUUUAAAAGAAGACCACGAGGAAACCAAGUUAACUCUCUGUGACUUGGAAACCAAGAGCCCUGCUUCUGAGGGCGGGUCUGCUGAGGCGCCCCCUCUGCGGGCUGUGGUGGAGGAGAGAACAGUGUCCUUCAAGCUCGGAGACUUGGAGGAGGCUCCAGAGCAGGAGAGGCUUUCUAGCGUGGACCUGAAAGAGGAAACCAGCAUAGAUGGUGCCAUGAACGGUGCAGUGCAGUUGCCGAAUGGGAACCUCAUUCAGUUCAAUCAGGCCGUCAGUAACCAGAUCAACUCCAGUGGCCACUAUCAGUAUCACACCGUGCAUAAAGAUUCUGGCUUGUACAAAGAGCUGCUCCACAAGCUGCAUCUUGCCAAGGUGGGAGACUGCAUGGGGGACUCUGGUGACAAACCCUUGCGACGUAACAACAGCUACACCUCCUAUACCAUGGCUAUCUGUGGCAUGCCACUGGAUUCAUUCCGUGCCAAAGAAGGUGAGCAGAAAGGUGACGAGAUGGAGAAGCUGACAUGGCCCAAUGCAGACAGCAAGAAACGCAUCCGCAUGGACAGUUACACCAGCUACUGCAAUGCUGUGUCUGAUACUCACUCAGCCUCUGAGAUGGACAUGAGCGUCAAGACAGAGAUGAGUCUGGCUGACAGGAAAGGGAGCAGCGGCUCCCUGGAAGAAUGGUCUGACCAGGACAAACCAGAAGUCUCCCUCCUUUUCCAGUUCCUGCAGAUCCUCACAGCCUGCUUCGGGUCAUUUGCCCACGGUGGAAAUGACGUCAGCAAUGCCAUUGGUCCUCUGGUUGCUUUGUAUCUGAUUUAUCACACUCAAGAUGUUUCUUCCAAAGUGGCGACACCCAUAUGGCUUCUGCUGUUUGGCGGUGCUGGUAUCUGCAUUGGUCUGUGGGUUUGGGGAAGGAGAGUUAUCCAGACCAUGGGGAAAGAUCUAACCCCAAUCACACCCUCAAGUGGCUUCAGUAUUGAGCUGGCAUCUGCCCUUACUGUGGUGAUUGCAUCCAAUAUUGGUCUUCCCAUAAGUACUACACAUUGUAAAGUGGGCUCUGUUGUGUCUGUUGGCUGGCUCCGAUCCAAAAAGGCUGUUGACUGGCGACUCUUCCGCAACAUUUUUAUGGCCUGGUUUGUCACAGUCCCCAUUUCUGGUAUUAUCAGCGCUGCUAUUAUGGCCAUCUUCAUGUACGUCAUCCAUGUCGAGUGAAGCUUGGAGUUUCAAGUGUCUGGGACCACCAUGCACAUUCCCUCUCCUCUGAAGAAGGAUCACAGUAUUACCGAAGGCUGACAGGAGCUGUUCAAGUUGGGGAGCUGCAGGAGGGAAGUGUCAUUUGUGCUAUACUUGCUUUUGUGCUAAAUAUGACUUGUCUCAAAAUUAGCUCUGUAAAAUAGCUGGGUCUCCCCUGAUUCCUGUCGAGGCCCCUUUCCUCCCGGGCUGUGAAUUCCUGUACAUAUUUCUCUACUUUUUGUAUCAGGCUUCAAUUCCAUUAUAUUCUAAUGUUGUCUACUGAAGAUAAAGUGAUUUUUUUCCCCCCCCCAUUUUCGACAACCAUACAGAGCCCUUGACCGAUUGCGCUCUCCCUUCUCCCUGGGUUCACCAGCUUCUGCCCUCAGUGCACAGGGACUUCACAGCAAAUGUGACUGAAGCUUUCCUGAGUGUCCCCCACAGAAACAGUCGUCUGUGCUCUGCCUUCUGUUGGCACUGGCAGGCUGGAUUGCAUAUGUGGGAUGUUCUUAAGGGUUCUGUGGAUGCAGUGAAAAUUUAAGUUAGUAGUAACUUCUUUGCAAACAUUUCAUUGACUUACUGCUAAGAAGAAGGAAAAAGCCUUCUGCCAAUCAUGGUUAUUUCUUGAAGAUUGCUGGCAUUGUGGGAUGGAUGAAUGAAGUGGAAUUUGAUCUUUGGGCAACUUACAUGGGAUAGCCUUUCAUGUUCAUCUGUCUACCUCUUAACUGAAUAAAAAGGCCUACAAUUUUUAGAAAA